AUGAAUCUCAAGAGUCAUUUGAUUUUCACCCUCUACACUAUUUAUGGGAUUCUUCUGAAAGUGAUGGCUUCAAAAGGCAAAGCUCGAGGCAUCAGCGGUCAGUACCCUCUCGUUCAGAACGUGACGGUGACAGAGGGUGGGACAGCAAACAUGACCUGCCGUGUGGAGUAUAAUGACAACACCUCCCUCCAGUGGUCAAACCCAGCACAGCAGACCCUCUUUUUUGGGGACAAGAAAGCUUUAAGGGACAACAGGAUUGAGCUGGUGCGUGCGUCUUGGUCGGAGUUGACCAUCAGUAUCAGUGAUGUCACACUGACGGAUGAAGGCAUGUACACCUGUUCUCUCUUCACCAUGCCUGUCAGAACAGCCAAAGCCUACCUGACUGUUCUAGGUGUGCCGGAGAAGCCAGAGAUCGAUGGCCUGACGAAGCCUGCCAUGGAGGGAGACCACAUCACUCUGACCUGCAUGACUCAGGGCAGCAAGCCUGCCGCUGACCUGCGCUGGUUCAGAAAUGAAAAAGAGGUCAAAGGUGCCAAAGAGGUGAAUGCAAGUGGGAAGACAUUUACAGUACGGAGCUCUCUGCAGCUGCACGUGGACAGAAAUGAUGAUGGAGUGGCCUACACCUGCAGAGUGGACCAUGUGGCACUCGCACAGACACCACAGCAGGCCACUGAAGUCCUGGAGGUCCACUAUGCUCCUCGUGUAGAGAUCACCCACUCCCUCGCUUUCCCUCAGGAGGGCCAGUACUUAAAGCUGGAGUGUGUGUCCAAAGGAAACCCCUCGCCAGACCCUGUGAUGUGGACAAAGGACGGGGGUGAACUUCCUGACCUGGACAGGAUGAUUGUAGAGGGGAGGGAGCUCACCUUUACUUCACUCAACAAGACAGACAAUGGAACCUACCGCUGUGAAGCCGGGAAUCACCUAGGGACCAGCAGUGCUGAAUAUACACUCUACGUCUAUGACGUCCCCCUGCCUCCAUCCACCACUCCCCCCCUACAUCCCAUCCCUCCAGAUCCUACCGCUCUAUUAGGCACCCACGUCUCAGACCCCACAGUCACUGGCAACAGAGAUCCAAACGCUCUGGGGCAGCACGGCACUGACCAUGCCUUGAUCGGAGGAGUGGUGGCUGUAGUGGUCUUUGUCACCUUGUGUUUAAUCAUUGUUCUGGGAAGAUACCUGGCCAGGCAUAAAGGAACGUACUUGACAAACGAGGCCAAAGGGGCGGACGACGCACCCGACGCCGACACAGCCAUCAUCAACGCUGAGGGCAACCAUGCGCACGCAGAAGAAAAGAAAGAAUACUUCAUUUAGACUGCAGAGGGAGCUGUGCAGCUCUCUCCUACCCCCUUUUCCCUUCUUUCAAUCCCUGUAUCUCUUUUUCUCUUUCUCUCUCUGUCUCCCCCUUUUCUUCUCCACCUCUGACCACUGCCCCCGUCGUGUCAACGAGGAACCCGCAGGCAGUCCACAGACAGAGAAGUUCCCCAAGUGUUUUCCUAUUAUUGCCUUUUGUCUAUCAUUUACAUCUUGUCCUUUCUUUCUUUUUUCUUUUUUUGGCAGCCGGUUUCCACAGGCAGCUUGCCGUCGCUGCCCCGAAGUUGUCUCCUUUGUCAUAUUUUUCCUCAUUUUUUUGACAUGAAUGCCUGGAAGUCUGUAUAUCUACCAUGACUGCUUCUUACAUGAGCCCUUCUUCAUCUCCUCUCCUGUUUCCCGUCCAAGCAGACACCCGAACACACACUGUAUCCCCCGCCCUUUGUUCACACACGUCCACAAACACAUAUCAUAUCUCACGUCAACACGGUGCCUAAAAAUACAGACGCCAUUGAACUUCUGUCAAUGCCUUCAUGUAUCGUCUGUCAGUAGCAAUGUAAAUGCUUUGUAGAUGGGUUAACUGGACCAUCAUUUCAUUGCUUAGCUCACAGCUUUUGAUUAUGCAUUGCGUCUUUUUUUAUUAUUAUUUUAACAAAGAUCUUUGCUGUCUACGCCUUAUACAUGUCUAUCACACUGAAUAUGGUACUUUUAGAUCCACUUCCCCCCAAACCCCAUCCCCCUCUAAAUAGACUUGUAAUUAAACAGUUGACCCUUGUAAGAUAAGAAGAAGGUUUUGUGUAACACUGUAGCAAGGUUUGUCAGAUAAGUGUACAAUAUGAUUUUCAUUAUUAGGGUAAGGGUAAUAAAGGGUAGUGUGGUAUUGUUUAGAGCAGAGAAUACACGCAGAUGCUAGACGAAGCAUUCCAUCGAAUAAACUCAAUCAAGUAUAUAAGACCAUUUGCUAAAUCUGCUGUCCCUAUGUACCUUUGUCUGUAUAUUCCUGCACUGUCCAGGCUGCAGUUUAGUGAAACACCAACACCUUCAGUGUCCUCUCGACAGCUUACAGUAGUUUGUGAUUCACAUAAAGGCUUCAGGUGUACAGAAAGAAUGACUCUCCUCUCUCUAAAAGCUGUAUAAAUUGUAUUGAAAAUGAGUUUAGCUUUUCACUUUGAAUUCUUUUUGUUUAUGUUUGUGUCACAUUGGAAUAAUUUUGAGGCUUAAGGACCCCGUGAAAUGUAAAAUUAACUAUUAGGAGCUAAUAAAAACAAGUACACGGUUGCAGCGUGAACAGAAAAUUCACUGGUUAAAUUAAUUUUCUGUCAGUGAUGUAAUUUUCAUUUUCACCUCUUGUAAGCUUGAGGUCCAGGCAGCUUUCCACAGCGGUUUGUAUCCACAUGUCUGUUCAUUUUCUGGCUCACAGAUAAGCAUCCAAUCAUAUUAUUACCUUUUACAAACGGCAAUGACAUCAGUUUGACUGGAACCAAUUUUUUUUGUUUAUAUCGCCACCUCUAAAUUUCUGUUUACAAGCGCCUAACAAUUUAGUUAUAUUACCAACAUGUCAAAAAAAACUCCCACCUGUCAGACUGCAUAACUGCUCCUCUUAUUUCCAUUAGUCGGAGUUGCUCUCCAUGAACUGAACUUUGAUUUCCAUUUCAUGGGGUCUUCAAGCAAAAAAAAAAAAAAAAAAAAAAAAGAGAAAAAAAAGUUAAUAGUGUGUGAGGGCUGGGUCAUAGAUCUACACGGGCCUCCUUUCCAAAUACUAAAAACUGAAGACAAAUAGAGAAGCACAAAAAUGUCUGAAUGAGUAACUGCGCUCCUUUGCCAACAAAAGAUUGCCUUGGGAAUGGUUCUUAUAUUCAAAUGGAUAGUGGGAAGAUGACAAGGCUGUCUUUGAUUCAAAUCUGGGGGGUAAAAAAAAAAUACAGUGCAUCUUUUUGAAAAUGUAAGCUAAAUCAUGUUUUUAUAGAAAAAAACAAAAAAAAGUUUUUAAUAUUUUUUGGUUUAAAUGAUUCUAAGCUCCCUGCUGUGUAUUGUGUCUGCUAAAAAUGUGGUUGAUUGUGAAAAUUGCUGUUAAAUUCUGGAUUCCCAUAUUCCUUCAAAUUUGUAUAUUAGCCACCUUAUCUAUUUGCAUUUUUUUUUUCAUUUGUCAUUGCAUAAUCUUUAUUGGAGAACUUUUAAACAAAUGUAAUUUUUUGGGCACAAGGCAUGUAUAUAAUGUGUGAAAACUAAACUUUGGUAAUACACAUUAGCAUGUUUUUGUUUGGUUCUUUUUCAUAUUUUAAUUUAUUUGAAGCUAUUUAAGAGAGAACCACAAUGAAGGUAUGUUUGUAAUUUUGGAGAAAUGUGGCUUGUGUUUGUGGCGGGCUCUCGGGUGCUACAGAUGGGAAGGAUUUGGUGUUGUAAAAAAAAAAA